AUGGGUGCACGGGAUUUCAUGGGAAGUGCCACAGGGAUUCUCACGGGAAGUGGCGCAGGGACUCGCAUGGGGAGUGGCGCGGGGUGGGUUUUUAUGAGGAGUGUCGCAGGGGUUAUCAUGGGAAUCCUUGAUGGGAUUAUCGUGGGAAGCGGUGCUGGGACUCUCAUGGGA